UGUCAUUUUUGCAUCUUGAGUUCUUUCCUUUCAGAUAAUCUUCAAAGUUCAGAGAACAGCAAUGAGGUGAAAGAGCUGGUGAUUUCAGUGUUUAGGGAUUUAUAGAGACAGAGAGAGAUGGCACUAACAGCUUCCACAGUAGCUCCAUUUAGAUUUCAGAUAAAGCUUUUCGGAAGCCAGAGAUUCCCAGUUCAAUCGGGCUCUUGUUUGUUACUUUUUCCUAAUAAGCAUCGUCAAGUAGUUAUGAAGUGUUCUGCAAAAGAAACAGGACUUGGGCAAUUCAGUGACCCAAGUAAGUUAAAGAUGCAAUUCGGUGACUUGGGGGACAAGCUGUGGCAGACCUUCCCAGAACCAGUGAAAGAGUUUCCGUGGAAAAGAGCAGAAGAUAUCAUGCUGCAGCGUCUGAAGGAAGCAUUGAAAUGGUCGAUGAUUACCCUGUUUGCCUUUAAUUCUUUAUCAGAUAUCUUGCUUUCCAUCUCAAAAAACAAGGAACUGAUGAUCCCGUUAGGACUUUUCAUUGGAUGCGCAGCUGCUGAUGUUUUCAAGGAGACUGCAAUGGAGCUAUUUCCAAGUGUGAGCCUUAAGGAAGAAGGCUUAAAGAAGACCCUGGUGGCUGUAGGUGUAUUUUUUAUUUUUGUUAAAGUUGUUUCGGCCUAUUUGGCUUUAAGAGGAAGCUUGUUGCUUUCCCACGUUGGGAAUGGUGGGUUGCUGCAGGUUUUGUGGCUGUGGAGAAAAUUAAAUGAAGUAGAUUCACCUUCCUUGGUUGAAAAAUCUGAGAAGUAAAGAGUUCCAAAUGUUUGAUUGUACAUGAAAGUAAAAUUUUGAUCAUAUUAUUAUGAAGUUGUUAUUACCUCUU